AUGAUAACAAAUGCGGGUCUUGAGAUGGGGGCUACGGUUGCGGAUAUGGUUCAUAACGGGGGGUGGGCUUGGCCGAACUCUUGGGUAGCUAGAGUUCCGGCUUUGCAACAGCUCGAGAAUGUCACGUUAUUCCCACAAGUUCAAGAUAGAGCUUUUUGGCGGUCUAGAAGUGGUGAAGAUAUGGAGUAUAGCACUUUUGGGGUGUGGAAUGAUAUUCGUGAAAUCCAAGAUCCGGUUGAUUGGGAUCGUAUAGUGUGGUAUCCACAGGCUAUUCCUCGGCAUUCGUUUCUUAUGUGGCUUAUCGUUUGCAAGAAACUUAAAACACAGGAUAUCAUGUGCAACUGGCGGGCGUCGGGUAAUGCAAAUUAUAAUUUAUUGUGUUGCUCCUUAUGUACUUUGGGGCCGGACUCUCAUGAUCACCUAUUUUUUGAGUGUGAGUUUGCAUCUCAAGUAUGGUAUGGGGUUCGUGACAAAGUGGGCAUGCAAAUGAUCGGGAAGAGAUGGGACGAUAUCAUGGAUUACCUAAGGCAUCAUCCGGCUUCAAAACAUGCUACUCACAUUAUUGGUAAACUAGUGGUGGCGGCAUCGGCUUAUUUUGUUUGGCAAGAACGUAACAACAGAUUGUUCUCGGCUAACAAAAGGAAUGUGGCUCAACUUAUCGAGGUGGUCCUGAUGACUGUUAGAAUGAAACUACAUACAAUGAAGUUUCGAAGGACGAAUAGCGUGAACCAAAUCUUAAGCGAGUGGAGCCUUCCUCGUGAGUUGCUGUUAGACCAAGAUGACUUUGGCUGA